AGCGGAGCGGGACCGGAGACAGCGAAGCUUCAGAAAACGGAUAAGGAGCAUCCCCUUUCACUGCCAUCAUCUGAUUAGUGAACCGUCAAACCACUUUCACUCUCCCACGCACACUCCCUUGUCGGCUUCUGUGGCCUAUAGACUCUUUGACUCAACUGGCGAGAAGCGCAAACGUGUUUGUAGAAAUCUAAAAAAACUAUGGAUAGAACAGAGCUUAUUCAGAAGGCGAAGUUGGCGGAGCAGGCCGAGCGUUACGAUGACAUGGCGUCCGCGAUGAAGGAGGUGACGGAGCGCGGAGCCGAGCUUUCGAAUGAGGAGAGAAACCUGCUGUCUGUUGCCUACAAGAACGUGGUUGGAGCCCGGAGAUCUGCUUGGAGGGUCAUCUCGAGCAUCGAACAGAAGACCGAAGGAAGCGAUAAGAAGCUUCAGAUGGUUAAAGAAUACCGGGAGAAGGUGGAGUCUGAACUCCGAGACAUCUGCAAUGAUGUAUUGGAAUUGUUGAGCAAAUAUUUAAUCGAGAACUCUUCAAAUGCCGAAAGCAAGGUCUUCUAUCUGAAGAUGAAGGGAGACUACUACAGAUACCUUGCCGAAGUUGCCUCUGGAGACAACAAGAAAGCAACCAUAGAGAAUUCUCAGGAAGCUUACCAGCAAGCAUUUGACAUUAGCAAGACAGAAAUGCAGCCAACACACCCCAUACGCCUUGGCCUGGCCCUCAACUUCUCCGUCUUCUUCUAUGAGAUCCUCAACUCUCCAGAACAGGCCUGCUCUCUGGCCAAACAGGCGUUUGACGAGGCCAUUGCAGAACUCGAUACGUUGAACGAGGAGUCAUACAAGGACAGCACUCUCAUCAUGCAGCUGCUAAGAGACAAUCUGACAUUAUGGACGUCUGACAACGCUGCUGAUGAAGGAGAAGGUGGAGAGGGAGCAGAUAACUAAAAACACACAAAUGUUUCAUCUCCCUCAAAGAAAAAGAGAGAAAAAAAAAACCUUUUUACACGUCUCCAUUCCUUAUUGUUCCACUUAAAAAAAAAAAAUCCUCUAGCAAAAGAAAACUCAUGUUUAUUGAAGAGCUGUGUAUGAAAAUUCCAAUCAUUUAGUCUUUUUACGGUGCAGCUUUUUGAACGAAGAAUGAUAUUAAUUGGGGAAAAUAACCCUUCCAUUCCUUUUUUGAUUCGUGUGCGUCCUGCCCUUCUAUACGUGCAGUCUCUGCAGUAGAAACGUUUGAAUAGCUUCUUUUUUGUAUCAAAUUAAAGAUACAGUUUAGUUUAAAAAUGA